CGGUGGUGUGAUCCGUGUCCAGCCGUGCGAGAGGGCUCACCGUCCACUUUUCCGUCCAUAAUUCGCGGGUGCUGUUCUAGUGUCCCCUCUUUCCGCGUGUGAGUGCUUCCACCGACGCUUUUCGCGCCCAAAAUCUGUGCGAAUACCACCCCCCCUUCCCAGUCACAGCGGGAGGUAAAGUGCCCUUUUUCUUCUGUGUUUAAUGUCCGCGAUGAAUCAAUCCUGUGAUAGUUCAGAUUUGUGAUCCCGCGAUUCGAUUUUAAAUUGUUUUUGGUGAUUUUGGAAGGUUUCAGGAUCGCUCAGUUCGAUUCGUUUGAUCGGGCGUCACAAGCCCGGAAAAGUGCGAUUUCGUAGUGAGUUUUUGUGUUGAGUGCAGUGCAACAGGAAAUUUUUGGAUUUCAAGAUGAUGUCGUUAUACCGGACCAUACGAGGGACCCACAGGGGAACUUCAGGCACCGCUAAACGGGAUAGAAGUUGUGGAACGCUACAACGCGACAGUGACAUGGUGUCUCGUCGGAGGAUCCUGUCGCGGUCUCGCGACGAUUUGAGUCUAGACGUGGCCGCACCAGAGGAAGAAGAAGAUGUCUGGUACCAGAGAGACAAACUUUACAAGGAUCACAUACAAGAAGUUUUAGACAAAUGGACCCAAAUAGACGACGAAAUCUGGGCAAAAGUCAUUGUGCUAGAAAAGAAUCGGCGAGUAGCAAAAGCGUACGCAAGAGCACCUGUUCUCACAAUUAAUGGCUCAGAAGACGGUUUUGAUGGCUUUAGGAUCGGUCUUUGCGGCUUCGACAACCCGAUGCGAGACCGCGACACGGAGGAGCUGAAAAAGCACAUCGGCCAGGGUGUCAAAGUGAAGAUGGACGAACAGGGUAAUAUUCUGGUGAAGCGGAUUUCAAAAUGCAACGUCUACGUCAAAAGCACAAGCAACGGUGAGGAGACGAGUAUCGGUGCAGAUGUUCUCAAGCUCCCAAACUGCUGUCUAGAAGUCGAUAAACCAGUCAAGCUUUUCGAUAUGAAGAAAUUCCAGCAAAACGUAAUCCGUGAGCUGCGUCGCGCUUAUCCGGACAGGAAACGAUUAGAAUGUCAAUGUCUCAGUGCUAUAUCAUUUGUCAAAUCGGAGUCAGACCUCCUCGAUUGCCCCAUCUGGGUCCUCAUCAUCAACGUCGUAGCCAUGGAUAUGCUCAAAUUCAAACUUCCUCCAGUGAAAAGACCGGUGGACAUCAGGAACCGACCCCGAAUCCCGAUCCCAGACGAGGACCCUUACAGCGUGGCGACGACAGGUGGAACCUCCUCGGGCAGCAGCGGAAGCAUGGUGGCCGCAACAAGGGAACAACUCCUCAGACGCAGCGACAAACCACCCAAGCUUCCCCCCAGAGACAACAAUCACUAUCCGCACGAUAUACCAAAGCCCGACUACGAUGAUAUCGAGGAGGAGGAGAACAGACUAGGUGGAGUGAAAAAUUUCCCAUUGACAAGAAAUAUGAAUGGUAGCAAUAAUAGCAAUAUGAAGACAAAAGAUAAGAAAUAUGAUGACCCAUACUACUGCGGUCUGCGAGCUAGGAUACCGAAUUUCGUGGCCAAGUCGAAAGACCCUAGCAAAAAUGGCUCAAAGAACGGCUCGUCGGUGGCGACUCGAUACGGGAUGGGAAUGGGGAUGAGCAUGGGGCACCACCCGACCAGCGCCAGCAACGGACACCUCGUCUCGCCGCACGCCCAACACUAUUACCACUCGCAACCACACCAACCACACCCGCCCAUGUGGCACGCAAGAAGUUAUGACAGCGGCAUGGAUGCAGAACUCAUGGACUCUCCAUACAACCACAUCUACGGACGACUGCCGAUCCCAACACGUGCGUUCAUUCCACCGACACCUCGAACGAUGUACAUCGGAGAGUGGGAUUGAGCGCUACGUCAUCCCCGCGGAGAUUCUUUCCCCUCCCCAAAAGGCUCACGCUAAUCUACUGCCUCUAAAAAAAUGAAAAAGUCCCUCUCGACCGACAACGAAGCGUUCGGGUCGCAUAUAGUUUAGACUAUGAAAAUUUGUAUAAAAAAUUUUAUAAACGUUAAUCUGUA